AUGCUGGGUAUUCCCGUACUUUUGGCAAUCAUUCUGGUGCUGGUAACUUCUUCAUUCCUUCUAAUCCUUCAAAGAAAUACUGGGAGACUGAUUCCAAAUGCAAAAACUGCGAACAAGAAUAGGGAACCAACGUUUGUCAUAGCAGGCCCUUCAUACAGUGGUAAGACAUGUCUGUACAAUUUGUUGACCAUGGAUAAACUGAGAAAUACUGUGAUGUCUCAAGAGCCAAGUGUUACGCACAGUUUCAAAUUACCGGGAAGUCCUGCGGUUAGAUUAAUGGAGUUCCCAGGCCACUUGAAGCUUCGCGGUAAGUUGCUAACCGAAUUGAAGAAUUCCACCAAUAUCAAAGGUUUGAUUUACGUGAUAGAUUCUACUGUCGACCCCAAGGAAUUGACUAAGACUGCUGAGUUUUUAUUCCAGAUUAUACAGCUGACUGAGCGUGAGAAGAAUGGUGUCGACAUCUUACUCGCCUGCAAUAAGUCCGAUUCUUUUGCCGCUAGGCAACCAUUAAAGAUCAAGAGUGUCUUGGAAACAGAGAUUGAGAAGAUCAUUCAAAGGAAACGUAAUUCCCUAGAUACAGUAUCUGGCUCACUGAACCGUACCAACGAAGGUGAAGAUAAGGAAGAAUCCGAAUGGGACAACAUGGAGUUAUUCGAGUCAGCUAACGGCUUCAGGUUCGAAGUUUUGGAAGGAAACGUAGAUGCCUUUGAAGGUAGUGUCUCAAAGAGAAAUAUCGGCAAAUGGGAUUGCUGGAUCCGUGAGAGAGCUGUUAAUUAG